AUGUUAGGAGUGAUGACAUUCCGAAUUCAAAUGUUUGGAGAGAUGAGAUUCGGUAUUGAAUUGUUUGGGAAAAUGAGAUUCGGAAUUCAGAUGUUUAGAGUGAUGACAUUUGGUAUUCCAAUGCUAAGAGUGAUGACAUUCGACUUUCAAAUGUUUGGAGAGAUGACAUUCGGUAUUCAAAUGUUUGGAAUGAUGACAUCCGGUAUUCCAGUUUAAGGAGUGAUGAAAUUCGGAAUUCAAAUGUUUGGAGUGAUAACAUUCAGUAUUCCAAUGCUAGGAGUGAUGACAUUCUUUAUUCAAAUGUUUGCAGUGAUGACAUUUGGAAUUCCAAUGUUUGGAAAGAUUACAUUGGGUAUUCCAAUGUUAGGACUGAUGAUAUUCGGUAUUGAAAUGUUCGGAGUGAUGACAUUCGGAAUUCAAAUGUCCGGAGUGAUAACAUUCGGAAUUCAGUUGUUGGGAGUGAAGACAGUCAGAAUCAAAUCUUCGGAGUGAUGAAAUUGGCCUUCGGAAUUCAAAUCUUUGCAGUGAUAACAUUCGGUAUUCAAUUGUUAGGAGUGACGACAGUCAGAAUCAAAUGCUUGGAGUGAUAACAUUCGGUAUUCAGUUGUUAGGAGUGACGACAGUCAGAAUCGAAUGUUCGGAGUGAUGACAUUCGCAUUCGGAAUUCAAAUGUUCGCAGUGAUGACACUCGGUAUUCAAUUGUUCGGAGUGACGACAGUCAGAAUCAAAUGUUUAGAGCGAAGACAUUCGGAAUUCAAAUGUUUGGAGUGAUGACAUUUGGAAUUCCAGUGUUUGGAAUGAUGACAUUCGUUAUUCCAAUGUUUGGAGUGAUGACAUUUGGUAUUCAAAUGUUAGGAGUGAUGACAUUCGGAAUUCAAAUGUUUGCAGUGAUGACAAUUUGGAAUUCCCAUGUUUGGAAUGACUACAUUGGGUAUUCCAAUGUUAGGAGUGAUGACAUUCGGAAUUCAAAUGUUUGCAGUGAUGACAUUUGGAAUUCCAAUGUUUGGAGUGAUGACAUUUGGUAUUCCAAUGUUAGGAGUGAUGGCAUUUGGUAUUCCAAUGUUAGGAGUGAUGGCAUUUGGUAUUCCAAUGUUAGGAGUGAUGGCAUUCGGAAUUCAAAUGUUUGCAGUGAUGACAUUUGGUAUUCC